UCAUUAAAAUUUCUUGGUCCAUCGUCUCGUCUCUACGUUUCACCAGCGAAAGCGAAGCUUGCGUGAGAUCUGGAAAGCAAAAAGGGAAGCAUUACCAACAGGAGUGAGGCGACGGAGCCGACGAUUCCUUCAAACCAAACCCAACUUCAACUUCGAAUUCAUCGUCCACGAACUCGAAUCAAGCAUUUGCGCCUGGGAAAAGAUGAACCGUCCACUGGUGAUUAUCAUUUGAGUAAGUGUGGGUGCAAAAAACGGAGUGGAUCGGAUGGACAAGAACAAGAGCCGUUCCGAUCUGCUCGCCGCAGGCAGGAAGAAGCUCCAGCAAUUUCGUAAGAAGAAGGAUAAUAAAGGCACUGGCAGCCAAGGAAAUUCGUCUAAAAAUAAAAGUAAAUUGGAACAGCAGGACGCAGAUACAGAGAUUGUAAAUGUUGCUGCUAAACCCACAUCUGGGAGUUAUUCUACUGAUGGGGUACUUGCAUCUAGUUUUGAUUGUGAUGCAGAUAAUGUAGACUCUUCAGCAUCACCUUCCGAACAUUCUUCGGCAGCUGAGAUCGAUCAUUCAACAGUCUAUCUUAAGCAAGAGAUGGAUUUAGCUGAAACAUCAGCAAUUGACGAGGCUGAGAUUCCGGUGGAGGAAGUAGGGUAUAGGGAGGACUGUGAUCGGCUGAUCCAAAAUGCUGAGGCUGCUGGAGUUAUGUCCUCUGGACCUUCCAUUUUGAUCGAUGCUGAAGUGAAUAAUAAUCACCUUUGUAAUUUGUCUUCCACUGAAUCCUCUUCCCAAAUUUCUUCUGCUUCUGUGGACGAGCAGGGAAGAAUGGUCGAAGUGUGGAGUGGAUGUAGGGAAGAAGAAAUAUCGCCUGCACGGUCUGCGUCUUUGUUGCAAGCAAGGGAAGAUGUAGGCAUGACGGAGGAUGCUUCAAUGCAAUCUGAUCAAGUCUGUGAAACACAGCUUGCAGAAGACAAGCAACUACAGACUGGUGGCAUGUACGAGUCAGCAGCAGAGACUACUUUUAAAGACACACACUGUGAUGAGGAAGAGAUUAUUACAGUAGAUGUGGCAUCUGUAUCUGGUUUUGCAACUGUGUCAAAUGACUUUUCAAUUUCUAAUCCGGGAGAAAAUUUAGGUAUGCAGAGUAGUUCUAGUAGUAGUAGAGAUGAUUGGAAAGAAGAAAGACAAGUUCAUGCAGAAGAUAUGAUGCAUCCAAGUAUGUAUCAAGUGCAAUACAUGCCGGAAGAUAAUUUUGCAGUACAGUCUGAGGGCCAUGAAAGGCCUUCACAAACAAGUGCGAAAAUUUCUGAAGGGGGAGAUGCUGAUGCUAUCUUCCCUAAUGCGCAUAUGACCACGGAUUUGGCAGUACAGUCGGGGACCUUUUAUUCGUUUGGACAAGAGAGUGAAUUUCUUGAUUUACUGGAGAGGGUGAAAGAAGAGUUAAUAGUAACAAGUUUCUCAAAAGAUAUCUCUAACUUGCAAAUUUCUGAACAAAAUGUACUACAAAUGGAGCUUGAUAACCAGCAUCGUAAAUUAACCAAUGAUAUGUCUCUAGUCAAUACCUCACUUAAUGAAAUUCUUGAGAGGAAUCAAAGCCUCGUGGAUGAACUUUCACAGUGCAGAUCUGAACUUCGGGAUGUUUCAAGUGCAAGGGAGGAGCUAAAAAAUCAGUUGCUAACUGCAGAGGCUGAGAUAGAAAAUCUUUCUUCUCGAGCUACUGAGUCCGAGAAAAACUUGGAAAAGUUUCAUGCAGAUAUGUUCAGGUUGUCAAAGGAGUUGGAUGACUGCAAGCAUUUGGUAACAGCGUUAGAAGAGGAGAAUGAAAGAUUAAAUGGUGUCAUCACCUCUGAAAAUGAAAAUAAAAUGAAACUAGCCGAGGAAAAGGAGUUGUAUAUCAAUGAGAAUGAAAAGAUAUCAUCAGAAUUAAGUAGCUUUAAGAGCUUGAAGGUGGCUUUGGAGGAUGAAAAUUCCAAGUUAAUUGGGAGUUUGUCUUCAGUAGCAGAGGGAAAGACAAAGCUUGAAGAAGAAAGAGAGCAAUUGUUUCAGGUGAAUGGGACAUUGUCAGUUGAACUUGAAAAUUGUAGAAACUUGAUAGCUACUCAACAAGAAGAAAUUACCAACUUAAUCAAGAACCUUGCACUGGUAACAGAGGAUAGGACAAAGCUUGAAGAAGAUAAGACCCUUUUGUUUCAUGAGAAUGAGAAAAUGGCAUCUGAGCUGCUUGUUCUUGAUGAGAGACUGUCAGCUGAAUAUGGGGAACGUGUAAGGUUUGAGGAUGACCUUAGAGAUGCAUUAGUGCGGCUGGAGAAACUCACUGAGGAAAACAUAUUUCUUAGCAACAGUCUUGAUAUACAGAAAUCUAAAACAGAAGAACUUUGUGGUGAAAUAUUACCUAAACAAAUGAGAUCUAUAGAAGAUGGGAAUCAGACUGAAACUGCAGAUUCUGGCUGGCAUCGUGUAAAUAAGUCCCAAGAAAAUGAUGCUUACCAGAUUAAGAAACAGGAACUUUUUGACGAUUCUUUUGAGUUUAUUACCUUGGGUCGACACUUAGAGGAAGCAUAUCUCGUAUUACAGAAACUCGAGAAGGAAAUCAAAGGAUUGCAGUCCAAUUCUGCCUCCUUUAGCAGGUCAGGUAGUAAAGUGGCUGCCCCUGCUGUUUCAAAACUGAUUGAAGCCUUUGAGACAAAGGUAAAUGAAGAACAUGAGGUGGAGUCUGAAAUUCAGUUACCUGAAGAUCCAUAUAAGUUAUCAAGUGAGCUUGUGGACAAUUUGGGAUUACUGCUUCAUCAAGUGGUCGUGGAUAGUGAAAAUGCCAGUGUCUUGCUCAAGGGAGAGCGUGAUCAUAAAAAAGUUGCUAUAUCAACAUUGAACAAACUCACGGAUCAAUUUGAAGCUCUGGAGAACCAUAGUAAUGAUUUGGUGAUAGCCAACAUUGAUCUUGGGGUUUUAUUUGAAUACUUAAAACAUCACGUGGAUGAUGCUGGUGGGAAGAUCUAUGAACUUGAGAAUCUUAAUGAGUCCUUAAAGCAACAAGGCUUGUACCACAAAAUUUCCAAUUGUGAGCUUGCUGAAAGAUUACGUGGAUAUGAUUUAAAACUUACUGAGUUGCAGAGUCAAUUAUGUGAUCUUCAUCAAAGCUCAAAUGAGAUGGUUUCUUCGACAUGUAAUCAGUUAGACAAGUUGCGAGAGGGAGAAAUUGCAAGGGCAACGAUACUUGAGAAGGACUUGCAGUCUUUCUUAUUGGAGCUUGCUGAGUCAAUUGCUAAGCUUGAUGAAUCAUUGGGGAAAUCUGAUACUGCAGCCCUCAAAUUUUGCACAAAUGACCAACUGCCUAGUUGCAUUAUUGCGUCUGUCAUAGAUGCUGUAAAAAUGAUUGAUGAUCUGAGAGAGAGACUUCAGGCUACAGGUGCCGACCGUGAAGCUUUUAGGAUGUUAUAUGAAGAAGUAAAUGAAAAAUAUGAUAAUUUGUUCAGAAGGACUGAAUUCUCUGUUGAUAUGUUGCAUAGGAUAUAUAGUGAGUUGCAGAAACUUUAUAUUGCUUCUUGUGGAUCUGUUGGUGGAAGUGACAUGAACAUGCAAAUCAAGGGGCUGGGCGAUCCCUUAGAUUACAGCAGCUUUGAGGCCUUUAUCAAGCUGCUGGAGGAUUGUAUUACUGAGAGACUGCAACUUGAGUCUGUAAACAAUAAACUUCGUUUAGACUUGGAACACAUGAAUGUAGGAUUUGUUGAUUUUAGCAAGAGAUGCCUUGAUUCUCCUGGCAUCAAAAAAUUGAUUACAGAUGUUCAAAGUGUGUUAUUACUGGAUGAUGCUGAGAUGGAUGUUGAAAUGCCUGCUUUAUAUUUGGAAUCUAUGGUAUCACUGCUUUUACAGAAAUAUAAGGAGACUGAGUUGCAAUUAGGCUUAUCUAGAGAAAAGUCUGGAUCCCUAAUGAUGAAAUUGACCGAAUUGCAGGAAAGUGUGCACGACUUAAGUACCUUGAUUCUUGAUCAUGAAUGUGAAAUUGUUAUUCUGAAAGAAAGCUUGAGCCAGGUACAGGAAGCCUUAGUAGCUUCACGAUCUGUAUUAAAGGAUAAAGCUAAUGAACUAGAACAAUCAGAGCAGCGAGUGUCUGCAAUCAGAGAGAAGCUAAGCAUAGCUGUUGCCAAGGGAAAAGGUUUGAUUGUGCAACGGGAUAAUCUCAAGCAGUCACUAGCACAAACUUCUAGUGAACUUGAGAGGUGCUUGCAGGAGUUACAGAUGAAAGACACUAGACUGCACGAGACUGAAACAAAACUUACAGCCUAUUCAGAAGCAGGUGAGCGUGUUGAAGCACUGGAAUCUGAGCUGUCGUACAUUCGAAAUUCUGCUACUGCACUAAGAGAAUCAUUCCUUCUUAAAGAUUCAGUUCUUCAGAGGAUAGAGGAGAUUCUGGAUGAACUAGAUUUGCCAGAGAAUUUUCAUUCAAGAGACAUCAUUGAGAAGGUUGAUUGGUUAGCCAAGUCUAGUACUGGUGAGAAUUUACCUCAUACCGAUUGGGAUCAGAGGAGUUCUGUCGCAGGAGGUUCAGGCUCUGAUGCUAAUUUUGUCAUUAUGGAUGCCUGGAAAGAUGAAGUGCAGAUGGAUGCAAAUGUUGGGGAUGAUUUGAGAAGAAAAUAUGAGGAGCUGCAAACAAGGUUUUAUGGGUUAGCUGAACAAAAUGAAAUGCUUGAACAGUCAUUAAUGGAAAGGAAUAACAUAGUGCAACGAUGGGAAGAGCUUCUAGAGAAGAUUGACAUUCCUUCACAGUUGCGGUCCAUGGAGCCAGAAGAUAAAAUGGAAUGGUUACACAAAUCCCUUUCAGAGGCUUUUCAUGAUAGGGAUUCUCUCCAUCAGAGGGUCAAUUACUUAGAGAACUAUUGUGGACUGUUAACUGCAGAUCUGGAUGAUUCACAGAAGAAAAUUUCUGACCUUGAGGCAGAGCUCCACUCACUCGUGCUGGAGAGAGAGAAACUUUCUGAAAAGUUGGAAAUAAUCUAUCACCAUAAUGAGAAUCUAGCAUUUGGAAAUUUUGAGAACGAAGUUGGGAUCAUAGUAUUACAAAAUGAAUUAAGCAAUAUGCAGGAGAACUUAAUUUCUACAGAGCAUAAAAUAGUGAAAUUGGAGGCUUUGGUAAGUAAUGCAUUGCAAGACGAGGAUGUGAAUGAUUUGGUUUCUGGUAGCAGUAUUGAAUUUCUUGACUUGAUGGUGACGAAGCUAAUUCAAAAUUAUACAGCAUCUUCAUCAGGGAAAGCUGUGCUUGGGAAGGCUACCAAUGGACAUGAUACUGAAGAAGAAAUGCUUGCCAGAAGCAAAAAUAUGCAUGAUGCUUGGCAAAAUGAUAUAAAUAUUCUCAAGAAAGAGCUGGAGGAUGCCCUGAAUCAAUUAAUGGUUGUGACUGAGGAGAGGGAUCAAUAUAUGGAAAUGCAUGAAUCACUAGUUGUCAAGGUUGGAAGUUCAGAUAAAAAGAAGGAUGAGUUGCAGGAACUGCUUAAUCUGGAGGAGCAGAAGUCAGCGUCUAUGAGAGAGAAGCUGGAGGAUGCCUGGAGAUGCAUGAAUCACUAGUUGUAAAGGUUGAAAGUUCAGAUAAAAAGAAGGAUGAGUUGCAGGAACUGCUUAAUCUGGAGGAGCAGAAGUCAGCAUCUAUAAGAGAGAAGCUAAAUGUUGCUGUUCGGAAGGGGAAGUCUUUGAUUCAACAGCGAGAUAGUCUGAAACAAGCUGUUGAAGAGAUGACCACUGAGUUGAAACAUCUGAGAUCUGAGAUGAAGUCUCAGGAAAAUACUCUUGCUAGUUAUGAGCAGAAUUUUAAGGAUUUCUCUGUUUAUUCAGGACGUGCAGAGGCCUUGGAAUCAGAGAAUCUGUCUCUGAAGAACCGGUUGGCUGAAAUAGAGAGGAAUUUUCAGGAAAAAGAACAUAAAUUGAGCUCAAUUAUCAACACUUUAGUUCACAUUGAAGAUAAUGUCGAUGUUAGCGAAAAUGACCCUAUUGAGAAGCUGAAACAAGUUGGAAAACUAUGCUCUGACCUGCGUGAAGCUAUGUAUUUUUCUGAACAAGAGUCGGUGAAAUCUAGAAGAGCAGCAGAGUUACUUCUUGCAGAACUGAAUGAAGUUCAGGAAAGAAAUGACACUUUCCAAGAAGAGCUAGCAAAAGCUUCCGACGAGAUUGCAGAAUUGACCAAGGAAAGGGACUUAGCAGAGACUUCCAAGCUUGAAGCUCUAUCUGAACUUGAAAAGUUAUCUACUCUGCACUCCAAGGAAAAAAAGAUCCAAUAUUCUCAGUUCAUGGGAUUAAAAUCUGGCCUUGAUCGAUUAAAGGAGGCCAUGCGUGAGAUCAAUUGCUUACUUGCUGAUGCCUUCUCCAAGGAUUUGGAUGCUUUUUAUAAUCUGGAAGCUGCUAUUCAGUCAUGUACUGAGCCUAAUGGUCCUGCUGAUGUCAAUCUUUCUCAUUCCAUUGUGUCUGGUGCCUUCAAAUCUAGGGAUCUGAAGGACAAGGGGAAAUUUUUUUCUCUUGAUUCCUGGUCGAACUUUUACACUAAUGCUCAUGUGGAUGAAAAUGUUGCAACUGAAAUACAUAGUCUUGUGCACCAACUAGAAGAAUCGAUGAAGGAAAUUGGUGCUCUGAAAGAAAUGAUAGAUGGGCAUUCUGUGUCAUUCCACAAACAAUCCGACUCUCUAUCUAAGAUACUGGGGGUACUUUAUAGAGAAGUUAAUUCACAGAAAGAAUUGGUUCAAGCAUUAAAGUGGGAUGUGCAACAGAGUGAAUCAGUUGCAAAAGACAGAGAAAUGGAAGGUGAUAUCUUAUGUAGAAACAUUGCUAUGCUUUUUGAAGCAUGCACAUCUGUUAUUAAGGAAGUUGACGAAAGAAAAGGGGAACUAAUGGGACAUGAUUUGACCAGUGGAAAUUUGGGAAUGGAAAUUAUCUCCACUACACCUGAUCAACUUUCACACGCUGGAAAAACUCAUUUAUUGUCUGAGGAAUCUGUCCGGAAAAUUGCUGACAGGUUGUUGUUGGCAGUGAGGGAAUUUAUAGGUUUUAAAGCUGAAAUGUUAGAUGGUAGUCUAAAGGAAAUGAAGGUUUCAGUAGCAAAUUUGCAGAAAGAGCUUCAGGAAAAGGACAUCCAGAAGGAAAGGAUUUGCAUGGAGCUUGUUGGUCAAAUUAAGGAAGCAGAAGCAACUGCGAGUAGAUAUUCAAUUGAUCUUCAAGCCUCAAAGGAUCAGGUAUAUGAGUUGGAGAAAGUAACGGAACAGAUGGAUAGCGAGAGGAAGGUCCUGGAGCAGAGAUUAAGGGAGAUGCAAGAUGGUUUGUCUAUUUCGGAUGAGUUAAGGGAGAGGGUCAGGUUACUCACAGGUUCGCUUGCAGCAAAAGACCAGGAAAUUGAGGCCCUAAUGCAUGCGCUUGAUGAGGAGGAGCUGCAGAUGGAAGGUUUGACCAAAAAGAUUGAGGAUCUGGAAAGAGACUUGAAGCAAAAGAAUCAGGAACUUGAGAGCAUCGAAGCUUCUCGCGGGAAGCUCAUGAAAAAACUCUCAAUAACAGUGACGAAAUUUGACGAGCUUCAUCAUCUGUCCGAAAGUCUCUUAACUGAGGUUGAAAAACUUCAAGCACAGUUGCAAGAUCGGGAUGCUGAAAUAUCGUUUUUGAGACAAGAGGUAACUAGAUGUACCAAUGAUGCUCUUGUUGCAACCCAGACAAGCAACAGAAACUCAGAGGAUAUCAACGAGGUCAUAACAUGGUUUGACACAAUGGAAGCUCGGGUGGGGUUGUCUCAUAGUGGUCAUGAUGACAAGGAAAAUGAAGUUCGUGAAUGCAAGGAAGUACUCAAGAAAAAGAUUACAUCUAUCUUAAAAGGAAUUGAGGAUCUCCAAGCAGAGUCUCAGAGGAAGGAUGAAAUGUUGCUGGCUGAAAAGAAUAAAGUAGAAGAACUGAAACGCAAGGAAUUGCAAUUAAACUUGCUUGAAGAUGUUGGAGAUAAUAAUAGAGCGAGCAGUGUCGCCCCUGAAAUCUUUGAAUCUGAACCAUUGAUUAACAAAUGGGCAGCAAGCAGUACCUCUGUUACACCUCAAGUCCGUAGCUUGCGCAAAGGCAAUACUACCGAUCAAGUUGCGAUUGCCAUAGAUAUGGAUCCUGCUAGCAGUAGUAAUAGGUUAGAGGACGAAGAUGACGAUAAAGUGCAUGGUUUCAAGUCGUUAGCUUCUUCGAGAAUUGUUCCAAAAUUUUCAAGACGUAUGACGGACAUGAUUGAUGGCCUUUGGGUUUCUUGUGAUCGGGCGCUGAUGCGACAACCUGCUUUACGACUGGGGAUUAUUAUCUAUUGGGCCAUAUUACAUGCACUUGUUGCCACAUUUGUAGUUUGAGCAGUGAAAUUGGUCCAUAAUUCGCCGGAAGAAAAGAAGAAAGAGUUGGUAUAACUGGUUCCCCAUCAUAUGGAUAGACAUUAGGUUCCUCAUUCGUUUGUACAUGUUUUAUUUUUCUACCAUUAGAGUGAGCUGAUCAGAUGAUUUAUUUUUUCUUUCGUUCAUCCCCGACCGAGCGAUUGCGAUUUCCCCAAUUUUUUCCUUGCAAAUCGCAGAUUGCUUGGCCGCAUCAAAUAAGGAUCACAGAAAUCUUUGUCCAUUUCAAAGUAUAGAUCAUCAUUUUGUUUACUCAGAAACCAACCUUACUCUCAGAUUGUACGAGACACAGCAAUUUUUGUUACAAAUUUUUGCUACAAAGCCGUAAAAGGGCUCUCCAGCUUUUAGAAUAGAAAACUUUGCAUCUUGUUAUUUGUUUCCAACUUUGAGAUAUAUCAUCGCAUCUGCAUGUACUCAAAUUUAGUUUGUACGUCAGGUUGUGAAUAUAAAAUUUA